AUGGAGAAACUCAACUCUGAAGAUGGCCAGCUCUUCAUCAAGAAUCUCGCUAGUUUUGUGCGCACUCACGAGAAGGCAUUGGCGAACGCCCUGCAACUGAGACGCCAGUCUUCCAAAAAUGGCCCCUCCACCGGAGCCACGUCCUCGACCCUGGCCGCAGCAUUGUCGUUUGGGCCCCUGAAAUUUACCUCUCAUACUGUCAAGUCUGCAAAACUCACCCUGACUCCCCAUCAUCUAUUCUACUUGCUCUCCCGCUUUGAAGAGCUCUUUAUCCCCGUGGGUCCCAUGAAUGUUCGACUGGAGAACAUUCACACUGAGACUGCCCCCUCCUAUGUCUCCUUUCUGAACCAGCCCCGCCGCUCCCGCGGUGACCGGGACUCCAUCCAUUCUGUAUCAAGCGUGCGUAGUGUCAUAUCGGGCAUGAGCGCUCUGUGGUCCUCCUUUGGUCUGGGUUCCAAGGAUGCCUCCAAGUCCGAGAAGGCCAAGGCUGCCCUCGAGGCUGAUCUGAAGUACCUGUAUUCUGCCUUCACGAAAAUCCCCUGUCUCCGUUUAGCCCCGGACCACCGAGCUCGCCUGAUCCGUGGAUAUGAGGAAUUCCCGUUAGAUACUGCCGUUCCCCUCCAUUGUUUCAAGAACGUGAGCUCUUUGGAGAUCAUCGAUAUAGACUUUCGCUCGUUCUAUGGAUGGGACCGUCUCUCGGAACAACUGCGCACACUGACUCUGAAGAGAGCCAAUAUCGACGACCCGGCGGACCUGCUGACCAGGAUCGUCCUCGAUGACAUUGAUAAACGGAGGCGUCGCUCCUCCAAGUCCCAGCCGUCCCCGGUCCUGGGAUCGAGUAGCAGUGCCACUCAUCCACCACCUGACUACAAAUCCGACAUGGGCAAGUCGAACUCGGCACCCGGCUCCCCCACCGCAGAUUCCGGCCUUGGAACCAGUACGAGUCCCAAGGCGGUGCCCAUGGUCCGAGGGGCUUCGGAGGGUGGACGAGGCCAUCGACGCAGUGGAAGUUAUUCUCCAACCCGCCCGCAGAGUUCGAAACAGGUCGGCUAUCGCCAUUCUCGAGGUCACUCCGUUAAAAUCGCACGUUCCGGCUCCGGGAGUUCGAACUCGAGUGAAGCGUCCACAAGCUACGGCAAUCGAAGUUCCUCGAAUCUCCUGGCAGGCGUUCUACCCCCCACGAAAUGGCGGUUCCUCCGGCAUCUCGGCCUGCCUGAUAACUCCCUGACCUCCAUCACCGCCUCUAGUCUUGCCCCGGUGGCCAAUACUUUGCACUCAUUGGACCUGUCUUCGAAUCAUUUUGGCGAGGUUCCCGACAGCCUAGCAUCUCUGGUAUCCCUGCGGGCGUUGAACUUGUCCAACUGCAUGAUCGAGUCACUGCGUUCCCUGUCCAAGAACCCGUUACCCGCGAUCACCGCGUUGAAUCUUCGUGGAAACCGUCUUUCGUCUCUCGCAGGAAUCGAACGACUCCUCUCGUUGGAACGUUUAGAUCUUCGGGAUAACAAUCUGUCCGAUCCCACGGAGAUUGCUCGACUGACCGGUCUUCCUGAGAUACGGGAGAUCUGGGUGUCAGGCAAUCCGUUCACGAAGACUCACUCUGGUUACCGCGUUACUAUCUUCAACCUCUUUCGCCGUACCCCUGGAUACGCCGAAGAUAUCAUUAUCGACGCGUCUGGUCCGGGGUACAGCGAAAGGAAGCAGUUGGUCGAUCGGGUUGCCGAACCGGAGGCCGCUCCUGUGGUGCGACCGGUCGAUCCCGAGCCUCCGCAGACAGUGAGUAGAGCCUCGGGAUCGGUGCGCCAUGGCCUCCCUCCCAAUGACCAGGAACCACCAGUCUCCGAGAGUCUGGCUCCCGAGUCUCAACAGAACAAUUAUACGGUGGGAUCUAGUCGUCGAAAGAAGGCUCUUCGACGGCGAAUCGUGGAUAUUUCCCGAGAGGAUUCUGCCGCCGCUGGCGAUAAGGCCGCCCGUGUCGAGGCGACUAAGCACACCCUGACCCCUGCCCCGGGUCCGACUGAUCCGUCUGAUCCGUUUAUUGAGACCUCCACUCAGGGCAUGUCCCCCAGGACUGUGCCUCAGCUCGCGACCCCAGAGCCUGUCAAAAGGCAAGUUCCGUAUCCCGUUGAGGCGAACAACAACCGCGAACUUCUCCCUGCUAUCCAAGACCUGGACUGGAAUGUUGACGGAAAUGUCUACCGGCAGAGACUGGAGGCUCUGAAGCAAGAUGUGGGCAGCGGCUGGCUCAGCGUUUUGGGCGAUGAUGCCUGGCAGCCUAAACAACAGAGCAUCGCAGUCCCGUGUUCCGGACCUGGGCUUGAUUCUCCCACCAUUCGACCCGAUCCCAUCACACGGACUCCCAACCAGGUUAUGGUCAGCGGCGGUCGGACCUUGGGCUGA